AUGGAUUGGUUUUCUUGGCUCUCAAAAACAAACUUAGAUCCGAUCCUCGUGUACGAAUAUAGCGCCAUCUUAGCCCACAACGAGCUCGAGGAGAAUGACUUACCCUACUUCGACCACGAAUUCCUCCAAAGCAUGGGGAUUUCAAUAGCCAAGCACCGUUUAGAAAUCCUCAAGCUCGCCAAAAAAAUCAAAGUCAAAAAAUUCCCGCUCCCCCUAUCAAAAAUUUUGACGGCGAUCAGACAAACAAAAAAGCUCGUUUCCAAAUAUGUCAGGAAGUGGGCGCAUAGUCACGAAUCCACACUAGCCCUCGUGCCUAAGCACAAUCAUAGCGAGAUUUUAUGGCAAAGUGAUAUGGUGAAGAGGAGCAAGAGGGUUCAAGUGGUUCGACCACGGCUAUUGAUCACCAAUGGGAGCCCUUAUAAGGCGCCGUCUAGCCCUAAAAAGAUCGAUGUUUUUUUGGACCCUUUCUUAGAUAAGAUCGAUCAUGAAGGUGAUGGAGGUGCCCAGAAUGAGUUUUUGUCAAGUACCGAUGAGGAGACAAGGUGGGAUAAAAUGUUCGACAACCUUAAUCCAACUUGA